CAACAGUUUUGGCGACGAGGAUGGGAUCUCAGAUGGUAUAUCCGAUGGGAUCUCAGAUGGUAUAUCCGAUGGGACCGAAGAUGGCAUCUCCGAUUGAAUCACAAGACAAGUGUUAACAACAUCUUGCUGUGGUGAAACUGGACUGUUCAAUCAUGGCAACAUCGGCAGACGGGAUAGCAGCAUCAGGAGAUCGCAGCGUGGUUACGACGCCGGUUGGAAGGCUUGCUGAGUUCAGUCCCGACACUGGAAGCAUCGAAGUCUACAUCGAAAGAUUCGAGGUCUUCGCAAGCGCUAACAACAUUGACCAGCCGAGGAAGGCGCAAGUGUUCUUGACAGUCCUAGGUGAAAAAGCCUACGUGACACUACGAAGCCUUCUGCUGCCUAAGAGUCCUGCUGACUCCAAGUAUGCUGAUAUCACGAAAGUGCUGCGCGAGCACUACGCACCACGGAGAUCCAUAGUCACGGAACGGUACAGGUUCCAUCGGAGGGAUCAAGGCCAAAGUGAAACAAUUGGAGAAUUCGUCGUCGAGCUCAAGAAGCUAGCGGCAACAUGCGAUUUCGGCAGCUUCCUUGAAGAAAGUCUUCGAGAUCGGCUAAUCUCGGGUCUUCGCAGCGAGGACAUCCGAUGUCGUCUGCUGUCGUUACCGAACAAGGAGGCGACAUGGGAACGAGUUCUAAACAUCGCCACCGCCAUGGAAACCGCAAAGAACGACACCAAAGAAAUUCUCCCAGCUCCUGCGGACGUCAACUGGCAGAACAAGCCGACGCCUAAAAGGAAGCCAAUGAGCAAAAGCAAAACAGCGUCCACAAUGGCGACUGCCACCUAUGGCCGGCACCAUGACGGUCGCUGUUUCACCUCAAGCAGUCACUAUGCAUCAGCCCAGGGAGGACCCCUGAGGAUCACUACGUGA